CGAGCCGAACCGAACCGGGCUGAGCGCAGCCGAACCGCCUUCUCCGUCCUCCCCCCCGGGGUGAGCUCCGUGCCCGGUGGGUGCCCGCGUGUCCCCCCAGCACCAUGGCGUCGCGCAUCGGGCUGCGCAUGGAGCUGAUGAAGCAGCAGGCGCAGCAGGAAGCGGAGCGGGAGCGGGUGCAGCAGCAGAUGAUGAUGAACUACAUGCAGCAGCAGAGGAUGCCCGUGGCCUCCACCCCGGCCAUCAACACCCCCGUUCACUUCCAGUCCCCGCCGCCCGUGCCCGGAGAGGUCCUCAAGGUCCAGUCCUACCUGGAAAACCCCACCACGUACCACCUGCAGAAGUCACGGGACAAGAAGGUUCAGGCUUAUCUCUCUGAAACCUACGGGAACAAGUUCGCUGCCCACGUCAGCCCCGCCAGCCACUCUCCCAAGCCGCCCCCCGCCGCGUCCCCCGGCGUCCGGCCCGGCCACGUCCUGUCCUCCUCGGCGGGCAACAGCGCUCCCAACAGCCCCAUGGCCAUGCUCAACAUCGGCUCCAACCCCGAGCGGGAGUUCGAUGAGGUCAUCGAUGACAUCAUGCGCCUGGAUGACGUUCUGGGCUACAUGAACCCCGAAGUCCACAUGCCCAACACGCUGCCCAUGUCCAGCAGUCACAUGAAUGUCUAUAGUGGGGACCCCCAGGUGACGGCCUCGCUCGUCGGUGUCACCAGCAGCUCCUGCCCUGCUGACCUCACCCAGAAGAGGGAACUCACAGAUGCCGAGAGCCGAGCCCUGGCCAAGGAGCGCCAGAAGAAAGACAAUCACAACCUGAUUGAGAGACGGCGAAGGUUCAACAUCAACGACCGCAUCAAAGAGCUGGGGAUGCUGAUCCCCAAGGCCAACGACCUGGAUGUGCGCUGGAACAAAGGGACAAUCCUGAAGGCGUCUGUGGACUACAUCAAGAGGAUGCAGAAGGACUUGCAGAGGUCACGAGACCUGGAGAAUCACUCGCGGCGCCUGGAGAUGACGAACAAGCAGCUGCUGCUCCGCAUCCAGGAGCUGGAGAUGCAGGCACGUGUCCAUGGGCUGCCCACCUCCUCACCCUCGGGCGUCAACGUGGCCGAGCUGGCUCAGCAGGUGGUCAAGCAGGAGGCCAGCGGGGACGAGGGGACGCUGGAGCCACUGCUGCCACCCCCGGACCCCGAAUCGCAGCCGCAGCCGGCGCUGCCCCCGCCGCCCCAGUCUCCCUUCCACCAGCUGGACUUUACCCACAGCCUGAGCUUCGACGACGGCUCCCAGGGCUUCCCGGACAGCCUGGAGCCCGGACACAGCGCUUCCUUCCCAUCCCUAUCCAAGAAGGAGCUGGACUUGAUGCUGAUGCAGGACACGAUGCUGCCCCUGGCCUCCGACCCCUUGUUCUCGGCCAUGUCCCCGGAGGCCUCCAAGGCCAGCAGUCGCCGGAGCAGCUUCAGCAUGGAGGACACAGACAUGCUGUGAUGAGGAGCUGCUGCGAGGACUGGCCCGUCAGGUUUGGGGUGUGAAGUCACAGGACACGCCUGGCAGGAGGAGCCCGUCCUGCCACGCACUUGAAUCUUCCCAGGAGUACCUUUCUCUAUGCAACGGGGGCUCGGGUCGUGCCCGCCGGCUGCCACCGUGUCUUUCUCAGCUUGUUUUUGCCAGGGGCGGGGAUGGACCUUCCUGGCUUGCCGUGGCAUUGGCCUGACUGCAGAUUCCACGGCCUGGGAGCGUGGUGUCGGCUGCUUUGCCUUUCAGCGGAACCCUCCUGGCCCGACCCCCUUCCCCAGGGUGCCUCUGGGAGCCCCCAGGCCCUGGGAGCAGAGGGACGAUGCUCCGAGCUUUGUGUCUGGCUUUGCUGCCUCCUCGCCCCGCUCCGGGAGCCCCCGUUCCCGAGGAGUCUUGUCCAGUGUGGUGUCCGAGCCCCCGAUGCCUCACGGUGCCACAUCCCUUGCGGUUCCUCCUUCCUCCGAGCCACCUCUUGGGGUCCCAGGGCUGGGGGCAGACCAGGGGCUCCAAUUAGUUGGAGCACGUUAAUUAACGUGGCACCGGGGUGUUGUCUGAGUGAGAUGGACCUGAGGCUACAACUUCAGGUGGGUGUUGAAGGCAUCCAGAACAGCUGGGAUGGGGUGUUGGAUGCUCCACCAACCCCCUGCUGUGACCCCACCUUGUGGGGGGACCCCAGCUCGGGGUUAGGCAGCACCCACCACCCCAGAACCUUGCUGGCCUCUGGACAAGGGCUGGACACGGUGUCAGGUGACCUCCAGCCUCCCUUGAGAUGCCCCCACAGAGGUGCCUCUGCCCUGUGACACAGAGCCCUGGCUCUUUGCUGGAAGCAUAAAGGGGUUUCACACUGUUUUGGGGAUACCUGUUGAAGGUCCUGCCCCAUGUGGGCACGAAGGUCUGGGCUGUGACCAGGGAAUGGUUUGUACCAGUUGCCAAACUGAGCUGCUGCUCUCUCUGCCUUGGACUCGGGGGGUUGUUUCCCUUCCAAGUGUCACCAGCUCGUUCCCCAGCCGGGAUGGCUCCGUGCUGGGGAUCUGCUUUGGGCUCUGCCUCUUCUGCCUUCCCAGCCUGGGAGGUGGCUGGGAGGGAGCUGGGAAGGGCAGGGGGACACUGUUCACAGGGAAAAUACUGCAUGGAUUUAUUCAGGGAGAGGAGGGAAGGGGGGGAGAGGAGACCCCCUUGGCAACCAUCACCCUCUGGGCCGUGGGUGCCCUCGGGGAUGGGGCUCCCUGAGUGCCCCCUAUCCUGGACCAGGGAUGGGGGAUGUGUGGGGUCAGGAAAGCCUGGCCAAGGUGGGACAAACGUGCCCCAUCGUGGCUGGAUUUGGGAUUGGAAGUGGGGGGCAGCCACAGUGCCCCCCUGGAGAGGUGCCUGUGGGGUGUGAGGGUGUGGGGAAGUGCAGAAGGAGGGGAGGAGAGGGGGAAGGAAGAGGGAGGAGGUGUUGGAGUGGCCCUGGAGCGCUGGGACAGGGCAGGGGCAGGAAGGAGGGUGCUGGGCGAGGGGCUCUUGGUUUGAGGAGCUGUUGGGUUCGGGGGUGUUCACAGGAGGCCUUGGCACCCUCUGUGUGCUGCCGUUAGUGCCUGUAAAGAGAAUUAUCCCCUGGCAGGGUGACAGCACCCGGCGCUGUGCUGGGUCCCUGGGGAUGGGGGAUCCCUGGGGAUGGGGGAUCCCUGGAUCUGUGGACCCCAGAGGGGCUGCGUGGCUGCCUCAGGACAGGCCUAUGAAAUCCCGUAGGAAAUUGGGAUUGUCGUGGCUUUGGGGUGGUUCUGUUGGGCCCUCGGGCACCGACAGGACUCAACCAGAGCACGAGAUGUGGCGUCUCCCCCAGCCGUGAGUAAACAGUUGUGGAUUACAAUUAUUAUUAUUUUUUUUUUUAAUCUUUUGGGGGUUUUGUUUGUUUUUCUCUUUUUUUUUUUUUUAAUGCACUGUGCUCUGAUUAAAAAAUUUUACUACUGUUUUAUAAAUAAAUGUAUAAAAGAAUGAACUGGAAUGGAAGAAGAAUCAUUAAAAUAUAUUUAUUUACAACACC